GCGCACUGGCGCACUGGCCUCUGCCGGGAGCGCCGCCGCCUCCCCGCCGCCAUGGCCGCACCCGCGCCCGGUCUCAUCUCGGUCUUCUCCAGCCCGCAGGAGCUGGGCGCGUCGCUGGCGCAGCUGGUGGCGCAGCGGGCCGCGAGCUGCCUGGAAGGGGGACGUGGCCGCUUCGCGCUUGGCCUGUCGGGCGGCAGCCUGGUCUCCAUGCUAGCCCGAGACCUGCCCGCCGCCGCCGCUCCCGCCGGACCGGCCAGCUUUGCGCGCUGGACGCUCGGCUUCUGCGACGAGCGCCUCGUGCCCUUCGACCACGCCGAGAGCACGUACGGCCUCUACCGGACACACCUGCUCUCAAAGCUGCCCAUCCCAGACAGCCAGGUCCUCACCAUCGAUCCCGCCUUACCCGUGGAGGAUGCUGCAGAGGACUAUGCCAGGAAACUGAGGCAGGCCUUGCAAGGAGACUCUAUCCCUGUGUUUGACCUGCUGAUCCUGGGAGUGGGCCCUGAUGGCCACACCUGUUCGCUCUUCCCUGGACAUCCCCUCCUACAGGAGCAGGAGAAGAUCGUGGCUCCCAUCAGUGACUCCCCAAAGCCACCACCCCAGAGAGUGACCCUGACGCUUCCUGUGCUGAAUGCAGCCCAAAGUGUCAUCUUUGUGGCCACGGGGGAAGGCAAGGCAGCUGUGCUGAAGCGCAUCCUGGAGGACAAGGAGGGCAUGCUGCCUGCCGCCUUGGUGCAGCCGCGCACGGGCGCCCUCUGCUGGUUCCUGGACGAGGCAGCUGCACGCCUGCUGUCUGUGCCCUUCGAGAAGCAUUCCACGUUGUAGGGGGUGCGCCACGCACGCCGUGGGCACUUCAGGUGUUGUGGGAGCGGACUAGCUGCGGAUUAAACAGCUUUGCUGGAA